AUGAAAAAAUUAAAUUCAAAUAAAAGGAUUAUUUCUUUGAAUUAUAAAAGUAGGUUGGUAAAGAAAAAAUAUAUCAAAGGUAAAUAUGACAAAAACAAAAAGAAGAAAAAGCAAAAAAGAUAUAUUCUUACCAAAAAUAACCACAAGGAUAUUAAUACAUAUCACAUCAUUUCGAAAAAUAAGAAGACUAAUUUAAAUGAAAAAGAAGUGAAAUAUAUUUUUGUUAAUAAUCAUAAACUUUUUCAAAACAAUAACUAUGACAUAAGAUGUGUGCAUCAAAACAAAUGUACUAAUCCUUCUUUUCAAGUAACACACUCAAAAAAAAGGGAUUUCGGAUUAAUUCGGGAAGUAAGCAGUGAAUAUUUAACUAGAAAAAAUUUUAAAAAUAUAUUUUAUAGUAAAUCAAAUGUCGUUAGAUAUUCUCCAGAAGAUGGAAAAUUCUUAAUAGUUGAUGGUGGAAAUAAAAACUCUUCUACAAGAAGCUGCAGCAACUGUUCUCAUAAAAUAUAUAAAAACGAAUUAGCCUCUACUCCUAUACAUGAGUCAAAAAACACCCAAAACAGUUUUAACAGAGAUUAUAGAAGAAUUAUAGAGGCUACUAAUAAGAGGAAGAUAUGCCAUAUUCUUCUUUUAGAUUCAUUUCAUAAGAAUAUCAACAAACGGGAUAAAACUUGUAUACAAAGUAACAAAAAAUAUUCGAAAAUUUUUAAAAAUUCGCAAAAUUUACAAAAAAAAAUGAUCUAUGUUCCACCCCAAAAAAAAAGAAAGAUAAGCAUAAAUAAUAAUGAGAAGGUAUCCAAAAAUUUGAAAACAAUUAAUAAAGAUAAACUUAUCAAAUAUAAAUAUAUAAAUAAAUCAGAAAAGGACAGCAAAAAUGAGAUGUAUGUUCAAAACAAAACAAAAAAAACACGCACACAUAAAUCAAAAAAAUGUAACAAGAAAUAUAACAACAAAAUAAAAAAUAUGAUAAUUCAAAAUAAUUUAAAUAAAAUUAUACUACACUCUAAUAAGUGUCAAGAAUCAAAGUUUGACAAUCCAAAUAUUAACUACAUCUCACAUGACCAAAAGAACUACAUAAAAAAGACCCUAUAUCAAAAGAACUUUAUGAUUAAUGAUACUGUUCUUAAUGACGAAGAUGCCAAUAAUGAUUAUAGUCAUACGCCUGCGAAUGAUAACGUAUUCAAAAAUGAAAUCACACCUAAUAAAAUGGAAUUUGAUAAUGGUAACAGUAAUAGUAGCAGUAGCAGUAACAGUGGCAGUAACAGUAGCAGUAACAGUAACAGUGGCAGUAACAGUAGCAGUAACAGUAGCAGUAACAGUAGUAGUAAUAAGAUCCAUAAACAAAAUAUAAAAAGGGAGAAAAGAGAAUAUGAUGCAUAUAAUAAUAACAGUUCCUUAAUAAAUAAAAUAAUAGAUGACGCAACUAUUCUAAAUGACAUAACACCCUCAAAGAGUCCUGUUCAUAUGGAAAAUUUCUCUCAUUCAAAUUAUGAUUCAUACAAUCACUUAUACGUUCCAGAAUGCACUAUAAAUGGAAAAAGCAGCAUAAAAAUAAAGAAUAAUAUAGAAAAAGAGAAAUGCAUACUGAAUGCAAAUGGAAAAUACACCAAGAAUUAUAGCACACGAACUAAUGAAAGCGGUAAAAAAAAAAAAGGUAAAUAUAGCAAAAAUAGCAACAACGAAAUAGAGCAAAUUCCAAGAGAGCGUUUCACUACUCGUCAAACUGCUGCACGUGAAAAAAGUGAAGAAAAAAUAAAAAGUCAGAAAUGUUUAACUGAAGAAAAACAUUAUAGCAGCAAAGGAGAUAAACCGAAUAAUAUACCGAAGAAUAUUCCAAAACCCAGCGUUGUAUAUGAAAAAGAAGUUAUAUAUGAUGAAAGUGACAAAACACAAGUAAUAAAGGUAAAUGCGUUGACCAAAUCAAAUUUAUGCUGUCGAAAAAUCCUUGAUAAAACGAAUAAAAACAAAGAAAAAAAAGUACAUGCUAACAAUUUCAAUGGAAAACACGUCUGUUCUGUUAAACCAAAAAAAUAUAUAAAAAGUCCUCUUUCCAUAAAAUCUACAGCUUUUAAGAAUAACAAUAAUGAUAUAAACGUAACUAAAGGAAAUAUCACCUCAACUAAAGAAGUAAUCAAUUUUAUAAAAUUAAAAAAGGAAUAUGUACUUCAUACUGUUUAUCAUGAUGAUUUGACAGAGCACAAUUCCAGUAGAAACCGAUCCGAAAAGAAAAAUACGUACAGGGAAAAUAAUUAUCCACAUAAUGUGAAAGGAAUAUGCAAUUCUGAAUUUAAUUCUAGAUCUACUAGCAGUCAAGAAAAUGGAAAAACGUAUUCUCUUCAGAUGAAACCAGAAAAAAGUGAAAUUCCACAAGUGGAACAAUCAAUUGAUGUCAUAAAUUUAAAAAGAACGAGCGAAUUAUGUAUAUACCCCUCAUUUCAUUUAACACAAACACACAAAUCUAAGGGAAUAAUUAAAAAUGGAAAAAAAAAUUCCAGGAAAAUGGAUUCGGAAAAACUCCGUUCUUCUAGUCUGCUUAAUAAAUGCGGUGAUUCAAAUGUUAAACAAGUUUCAAAUAAAAAUAAUGAAAAGGAAAAAAUUAAGAAAGCAACGAAAAUUAAAAAUGUGGAAGAAACAAAUAAUAAUUGCACAGUGGUUAGUCAAUCUGGGAGAACAAACAAAAAUAUCAAAAUAAACAAAAAUAAAGAAGUCAAAACAAAAGGUCUUUUAAGAAAAUAUAGCAGCAGAAAAAAUGAUCAGACAAAUAAAACAUACAAAAAUAAUGACCUAAAAAAAAAUGUAAAUCAAGGAAUUAAUAUCUGUGGAAAGAAAAAAAAAGAGAACAUAGUGAAAAAGAAAAACACAAAAAAGCAGUUGAGUGAAUCAAACGAAUUACACACAUAUAAAAAGAUAAAUAAGUAUGGGCACAGUCAUCAUCUUACUAAAAAAGGCACUAAUACACAAUUAAAUAAAAAUUUGAAAAAAUGUAAACAAAUACUAAAAGAUAACAUUUAUCACAAUAUGGAAUUUUAUAAAAAUUUCGAUAUAAAAAGUCAAAAUAGUAACAGCAUAAAGACAGAAUAUGUAAGCUCCAUAUCAUCACCUACUAAUAAUUCAAGUGAAGACUAUAAUAAUACAGAUGAUAAACAACAGAACGAUAAAAAGAUCCAUAGAUUCAAAACUUUUAAAAGUCAAGAAAGUUUACUAUACGAAUUAAUAAACAAAAAGGAUAAUAAAAGUAAAAUUAAAAUAUUUCUUGAAAAUUCUUGUAAAAGCAAAGACAUAGAUGAUGCAACAAAUAAAGAAAAGGUUUCACCUAAGAGUGGUACAAUUAUAUGUGAAGAAAAAAUAGUAUUAAUAAAAAAGGAAAAGCAAAUUUCUGUAAAUAACGCAGAUAUAAUAUCAAAAACAAAGAAUUAUAUAAAUAACGAACAUGUAAUCAAAAAAAAAAGAAAUUCUAUUAAUACAGCAGGUGAAAUCAAAAAAAACAACUAUGUCGGAAUGAGUAGCACAAAUGAAAAGACCUUUAACUGUAACAAAGAAAAUUUGUCCAAAUUAUGUUCAUCCCAUGUUCCUAAUACAAUCAUGGUGGAGACGAGCAUUAACUGUAAGAAAGAGAAACAAAUAAAUCAUAUAAGUAUUAUUCCCAAAUGGGAAAAAAUUAGAAGUCAAGAAAGUUUACUGUACGAAUUAAUAAACAAAAACGAUAACAAAAGUAAAAUUAAAAAAUUCCUUGAUGACUCUGAUAAACAUCAAAAUGUAUAUGAAACUAAAGAUAAAGAAAAGGUAUCUGCACAAAAUGCUACAAUAAAAUGUGAAGAAAAAAUAAUGUCAAUAAAAAAAAAAAUGAGCAAUUCUACUAAGCUUAGUAAUAUAAUUAAGAAAGAGAAUCAUGUUGACCAAAAGGGCACAAAUGAAAUUACUACAUGCAUUAAAACAAAAUGCAAGGAGCUAAGUUCGAUACACAGAGACAAAUGUAGUAAAAAAGAAGAUUAUAGUAUAAAUCAUAAAAACAAGAAUAAUCUAAAUUUACAAACAUAUAAACAAAAAGUUAAAAGUCAAGAGAGUUUACUAUACGAAUUAAUUAACAUAAACAGUAAUAGAAUCAAAAUUCAAAAUUUUCUUAAACAAUCUAAUCAAUAUGAAGCUAGUAAUAAUUUCCAAACUGUUCAUGAAAAUAAAGUUAAUUUAAAAGAAAAUGAAAAGAAAAACAAAAUUAUAAAGGAUGUUUCAUGCAAAGAGAGUACUUAUGCUAGUAGACUUAGAACAAAUAAUAAUUUUAAAAAAAUAUGUUUGACCAAAAACUCCUUAUGGCAUGUACAUAAUUCAACCAAAGAAGAGAUAAACAAUACUAGGGAAAAAAAAUUACUACCAAAGGAACAAAAAUUUUAUAAAAUGAAAAAAAUAUCAUAUCCAAAGAGUCCACCUCGCACAAUUACUAAAAAAUGUAAUGAUAAAAUUGGAAAUAAAAAUGAAAUGUUUAAAGGGAGUGAAAAUAAAAAGGGAACUGAAGAGGGAAAAGAUAAUACAACACUUAAUACAAUAAAUAACAAAAUUAAAAAUGGUAUUAAAUUAACGACUAAUAAAAAAAUGGACAAAAAACAAAUUGUAAAAAAUAGUAAUAGGGAGCAUAAUGAAAAAAUAAGGAAUGAACUAAAUAAUGGUUAUACUAAAGAAAAUGAGACCAAAAAGAGGUUAAUUGCAAGUUCUAAAAAAGACAAAAUUAUUAGAUAUAACUACCACAUCAAAUCUAGUAAUGACCAAGCAAAAAAAACUACUAACAUAAAAGGUUCCAUAUUGUCAAUUAACAAAUGCACAAAUCUGAAAUGGGGAAAUGAAAAUAAACAGAAUUUUUGUAGGAACAACAACCUAAUUAUGAAAAAAGAAAAUAAAACAAUCAACCAAGCAAAAUAUUGCACAAAUUUUAGAGUUCCCUUAAAUCUGCAGAAAAAAGACAACACAGUAUCGACGUUGUUCCACCUAAUAUACAAAACCCCCUUUGAUAACACAAAAAAUAAAAAUAAUUCUAGACAUUAUCUAAACGUAACAAAAGCAUAUGUAGAAAAAAUUACGAAAAAUAAUAAUGGUACAAAAAAUAAAGAAAGCACAAAUAUUGCUGGUGAUUACAAAAUUUAUAAUAAAAAUAAUAAUUAUGAUCUUGUUGAAAGAGAAAUGAUAAUAUAUACUGAAGCGAACAAAGCAAAAAGAGACAGUCUUGAUAUUGAUCUGGAUAAAAAUGUUGAUGCAUUAAAAAAUAAGAAAAAUAUUAUCACUCCAAAGUUUAAUAGAAAACGUAAAAUAAGUGAACUACGAAUUGAAUCAAUAACUAAGAAAUUUUAUAUCAAAACAAUAUUUGCAAAUUCAAUCAUGAAAUCACAAAAGAAUAGUAAAAAAGUCAUUAGUAUGCACAAUCAAAUUGCCAAUAAUGAAGAUCUUAAAAAUAGGGACCCGUGUUAUGAUGAAAAAGAAAUGAAUAGUAAAAAAUGCACAGAACGGAUUAUUAACACAAAUCCUAAAUUAAAAAAAAGGUAUAUUAAUAUCCUAGAACAUGAAAAACGAAAUAUGGAAGUUCAAAAACAUAACGUAUUCUUAAACGAGACAAAGCAAAAGGUUGAAAUUCGCAUUUGUAAUAAGACACACAAAAUAAUAGGCAAUUAUGUGAACAACCAAAUCAGUGAAGCACCAUUUAUCUCACAUGUGCUAAAUCAAAAUGUAAAAGAAGGAGUACCAAGAUGCUUUAGAGAGGUACAAACAACAAAGACAUAUGAAGAAAUUACUAAAAUAAACUUUAGUGGUAUAUUAAAGGAACUCUUGAAAGAAGAGAAACUAGAAGAGAUUGAAUCUUUUUAUGAACUAAAAAAAGAAAUUCUACCAUAUAAAGAAAGUAAAAUUUUACAAAGAAGAGCAAAUAAUUAUACCAUUUCAGCAUGUUUAAAAAAAGAAGCAAUGAAAUUAAAAAUUGUAAAUGAAAAAAUAAUAGCACGAAUUUUAAAAAAGACAACAGUACAUGUAAAAUAUUUCUACUUAAAAGAAACAUCUUUGCAAAUUUCUAAUAAGGUAAUAUUUGUAGUAAAAAAUGUAAGCAAAGAAAUUUGGAAAAUAAAAGGACUGAAAAAAAUGAUAAUACGUUUAGGAAAAAAAAAGAUGAAUAGUUUAGAGAGAAGAAAAUACCAUGUUGCAAAUUUGAACUUCUUUAAAAAAGAAAAUUGUUGGGAACGAGAAAAAUGUUGGCCUAAAGAAAUAACUAAAGAAAGAUUAGCCAUAAACUAUCUUAAUAAAAAUAACUCUGAGCGAACGAUAAUAAAAGAACAGUACAUGAUGUUACAUUUUUGGGGGAAAAAAAUAUAUUUCAAAAAUGUACCUAUAAAAUUUGUGCUUUUAGAAUAUUUAAAAAAAGAAGUUCCGAUGGAAAAGAAAAAGCACAAAAAAAAAAAAAAUAAAAUAAUAAUGAUAAUAGUAAUUAUGAUAAUAAUUAAACGUUUAGACUCCCAAAAUUUAAAAAAAUCAACGAAACAAUUAACUAUGAUGCGAAUAGAGAAGAAAGAAUGCUUAAGCUGGGAUAUAAAGCAGAAGCUAAGUAUCAUAAAUAAAGUCAAAAAAUUGUAUUUGAAAGAAAAGAAAAAGCAAAUAACUGUACGAAAAAUUUUAAGUUACACACGCAGUAAAGAAAUGGAGCAAAAAGUUGUAAUCACAGAAAACAUGAUAUUGUAUAACUUAAGUAAAAAGUACAUUAAAAAAAAUAUAGAGAAAAAGUUAAAUAAUGAAGAGGGUAAAUAUAUCACAAUAAUAAAGAACAGUCAAGAACAGAAAUUGGGGGAAAGAAAUAAUGAAUUGAUUACAACAUCAUAUAUAAAUGAUAUUAAAAAAGAUAUUUUUAAGCCUCAACAGAUAAAAAAAAAAGAUAAGCAAAAAACAGAAAAGGAAAAAUUAUUACUUAGUAACACAGAAAGAGAAAUGAUAAUACCUAAAAUUAUGAUAAAAGAAAAUUUGCAAGAAAUGAAGAAAUACGUAAUGAUGAUAAAAUAUUUGAAGGGAGAAAUUUUUAAAGUAGGUAAAGGUAUUUUUAAUGUGCAACCUUUAAACAGAGAACCAGCAAUGAGAUCCAUAAAAGAAGUCCAAGUAGGAACCUCAAAAGAAAUUGAAGUAGGAACCUCAAAAGAAAUUGAAGUAGGAACCUCAAAAGAAAUCGAAGUGGGAAUCUCCAAAGAAAUCGAAGUGGGAAUCUCCAAAGAAAUCGAAGUGGGAAUCUCCAAAGAAAUUGAAGUGGGAAUCUCCAAAGAAAUUGAAGUGGGAAUCUCCAAAGAAAUUGAAGUGGGAAUCUCCAAAGAAAUUGAAGUAGGAACCUCAAAAGAAAUCAAAGUGGGAAUCUCCAAAGAAAUCGAAGUGGGAAUCUCCAAAGAAAUCGAAGUGGGAACCUCAAAAGAAAUCAAAGUGGGAAUCUCCAAAGAAAUCGAAGUGGGAACCUCAAAAGAAAUCAAAGUGGGAACCUCAAAAGAAAUUAAAGUGGGAACCGAAAAAGAAGUACCGAAGGAACGAAUAAAUGGUGACAUAGAAAAAGAAAUAUUGGCCAUAAAAUACCUAAUAAAGGAAAUUCUGGAAGAAAUAAGAAAUGAAGUUAUAAAAGACUACAAAAUAAGAAGACCUAAAAGAACAAAAAAAGAAAAGAUACAUCAUAAGAAAAUGAAGGGAUACGUUACUAUCCGAGAUAUUGAAAAUGAACACUUAAAAUAUAAAGAAAAGAAAAAUAGACCGAAUAAAAACAUACAGGAUGAAAUAAAUAUAAUAGAACGAAUAAACGAAGGAAAAUAUCACAAAAGAGAAAAAGAAAAGGAAAAAGAAAAAUUGGAAAAUAAAAACUUAAUAGAAAUAAAAGACAAAGAUUGGGCAAAAGAAUAUAUCAACCAAGCCAUAUUGGUGGAAGAUGUGAAAUGUGAAAAAGAAUUUUUAAUUAUUUCAGAUUUAAGGGAAGAAAACAAGAACACACCGAGAGAAGAACUAAGGGAAGAUCUUUUGACGGAAGUGUUAACGAUAGAAGACGUAAGGGAAAAAACCUUAAACGAAAUAGAAGAAGACGAAGAAGAAGCAUUAACAGAAAAGGCUAUGGAUGAAAUAUUAAUGAUAACAUCCUUAAGGGAAAAACACAUGAACGAAAUAAGAGAAGUAUUAGGGGGAGAACUUAUAACAGAAAUGUUUACAAUAGAAGACAUACGUGAAAAAAGUAUGAACGAAACAAAAGAGCUGAGGGAAGAACUUAUGAUCGAAAUGCUUACGAUAGAAGAUGUACGUGAAAAAAUUAUAAACAAAACAGAAGAGGUGAGGGAAGAACUUAUGAUCGAAAUGCUUACGAUAGAAGAUGUACGUGAAAAAAUUAUAAACAAAACAGAAGAGGUGAGGGAAGAACUUAUGAUCGAAAUGCUUACGAUAGAAGAUGUACGUGAAAAAAUUAUAAACAAAACAGAAGAGGUGAGGGAAGAACUUAUGAUCGAAAUGCUUACGAUAGAAGAUGUACGUGAAAAAAUUAUAAACAAAACAGAAGAGGUGAGGGAAGAACUUAUGAUCGAAAUGCUUACGAUAGAAGAUGUACGUGAAAAAAUUAUAAACAAAACAGAAGAGGUGAGGGAAGAACUUAUGAUCGAAACGUUUACUAUUACAGACUUAAGGAAAGAAACCCUAAUCGAAUCAAAAGAAAUAAUAAUGGCAGAGUUCCAAACGGAAAUAAAAAAGGAGAAAGAGGGUAUCAAAGACUUAAAAAAGGAAAAGAUAAAACAAGAAAUUAAAAAAUUAAUUGAAAUGGUCAAAGACUUAAAAGAAGCAUAUAUAAAAGAAAUGAAAAGCGAUACAUUAACUGAAGAAAUUGAUAAAGAAAUUAUGAUGAUGAAAAACUUUGAAGAGGAAAUUACUUUCGAAAUUGAAAAGGAGUUAAUGAAAGAAACUGACAUGGAAAUUAUUAUGACAGAUCAUGAAAAAGUUGAAUCAACUUUUGAACGUGCAAACGGAAUUACAAUGUUAGAGGAUGUAAAGGAAGCAUUAACGUUAGAACCUGAAAACGAAAUUGCAGUGCUUGAGGACGUAAAGGAAGCAUUAACGCUCGAGAGUGAAAAUGAAAUAACUAUGUCAGAGAACGCAAAACAUGAUUUCUUCACAGAAAUAUAUAAUCAAGAAUUGAGUAAAGAACGGGAAACAGACGAUGAGGUGACAGAUGAAUUAGGAAAUGACAGUAUCUCAAACGACACAACUAAAAAAUUAAUUACCACAAACAAUACGAAACAACGAAAAAAAUUAAAAAGAAAAGGAUUUAGUGAAAGAUUUAAAAUAAAAUUAAAGCUGAUGGACAACUUAAAGAAAAGUAGCUUAAAAGAAGAAAAAAUUGAAAAAAGAAGAAAUAAAAAAAAAAAAAAAAAGAGUUUGAAACAAAUUAUUAAAGAUAUAUUAAAUGAAGAAACUAUAAAAGAAACCUUACUUGAAAACGAGAUAAAAGAAAUUUUGCAUGAAAAGAUAUUAAAAAAAAAUUUACUUUGUCAAGAAAAAGAAAAACUAAAACAAAAUGAGGAAUAUCUACGCUGUGAAGAAUAUUCGGAGGGAAAAUAUGUAAGGGAAGAAAAAAUUGUAAAAGGCCACUAUGAAAUGAAAAAGUCAAAGGAAAAAUUAGAUAGAGAAGAAAAAAUAAAAAAAAUUAUGAGUAGUAAACGUGUAACAUUAACUGAAGGUUUAGCCAAAAAAAGAGCAAUUUUCAAUGCAGAGAAAAAUAUGCAAGAUUAUUUUACUGAUGAUUUUUUUUGUCCUUGCUCAUGA